GAAUGCGCAAGCGCGUGGGUGACGGAGGUGGGGAACGAGCCUCACCGACAGCGCGGUCGAGUUGGGGCUUCUGCUCGCGGUGGAUCCGGCAACUCCCUGGGAGGCAGACGUAGGCAAGACCGGCGGGUACUGGGAACCGAGCUGCAGGCAGUCCCCGCGGGUCUGUGAAGUAGUCGGUGUCCUCAGCGGGCGCCAGUCAGAUUUAAGAAAAAGGAGAAAUCACUUCUGACUUUACUGAAUAGCAGUAGCUAAGUGACACUGGGCGCAAUGGCAUUACCAUUCCGGAAGGACUUAGAAAAGUACAAGGACCUGGAUGAAGAUGAGCUCCUUGAGAAGCUAUCAGAAACAGAACUGAAACAGCUGGAAACUGUUCUAGAUGAUCUUGACCCUGAGAAUGCCCUUCUGCCUGCAGGGUUCCGUCAGAAGAACCAGACCUCGAAGCCCGCCACAGGGCCGUUUGAUAGAGAACACCUUCUGUCAUAUCUGGAGAAGGAGGCUUUGGAAUAUAAGGACCGGGAAGACUACGUGCCCUACACUGGAGAAAAAAAAGGGAAAAGAUUUAUCCCUAAACAGAAGCCUAUACAGACUCUUACAGAAGAAAAAGUAUCUCUUGAUCCAGAAUUAGAAGAAGCUUUGACAACUGCUUCUGAUACAGAACUGUGUGACCUCGCAGCUAUUCUUGGGAUGCACAAUUUGAUAACAAAUACACAGUUCUGUAAUAUAGUGGGAAGUAGUAAUGGCAUUGACCAAGAACAUUUUUCAAAUGUGGUAAAAGGUGAAAAGAUUCUUCCAGUAUUUGAUGAGCCACCAAACCCAACCAACGUUGAAGAGAGCUUAAAGAGAAUUAAAGAAAAUGAUGUUCAUCUUGUUGAAGUUAAUUUGAAUAAUAUAAAGAAUAUUCCAAUUCCAACCCUAAAAGAUUUUGCAAAGGCUUUGGAAAACAACACUCAUGUGAAGUAUUUCAGUCUUGCAGCCACGCGAAGCAAUGACCCUGUUGCUAUUGCUUUUGCAGAUAUGCUGAGAGUGAACAAAAAUUUGAAGAGCUUAAAUGUGGAGUCCAACUUUAUUACAGGAGCUGGGAUUCUAGCACUCAUUGAGGCUCUAAGAGAUAAUGAGGCCCUGACAGAGCUCAAGAUUGACAAUCAGAGACAGCAGCUGGGGACGGCUGUAGAAUUGGAAAUGGCCAAGAUGCUUGAGGAAAAUACAAAUAUCCUUAAAUUUGGCUAUCAGUUUACACAGCAGGGACCCCGAACCAGGGCAGCUAAUGCUAUAACGAAAAACAAUGACUUAGUCCGCAAGAGACGUGUUGAAGGAGACCCGCAGUAAGCCCGCCACAGUACGUGCGACCGUAGGAGGACUCCGGAAGGCCAUCAAGGACUCGUGCUGGUGGUACCAGAUACAGAAUUUUCCUGGGUGGAAGGGAAAAGACUGGAACUCUUUCUUCAUUGUUUUUUUUUUUUUAAACUACAUGUAUAUUUUUUCUAGUUUAAGUUACCAGUUUCAAAUUGUAAAACAGUAGGUGAUAUUUUAUAUUUUAAAGCAUUAUUUUUACUUUCUGCUAAAAUCAAUUUAAAUUUAGCUUAAUUGAGAGGUUUAUGAUGGGUCUUGGUAAAAUAAAAUACAAUUAUAAGGAAGUUAGUCACUUAUAUAGAAUAAUAUGAACAAUUUAAAGACCAGUCUUUUUAAAAAAAAAAAAUUAAAAAGGGACGUUGGCUGAUGUCAGAAUUGCUGUUGCACCUCUGAGGUGCUUGCUCCAAAGCUUUCCUUGUUCCAGGACAUGGAGAGUUUUUCAUGUUUUAGAGUACAUGAACUUGGCAAGAGUGUGCUUUUUGCUUCUCUCAGGAAGGCACAAUGACAGAAUUUUUAAAACAGAUGACUUAAAAUCUGAUCAUCCAUUUAGAAGUCAGCAGAUCUCUGGAAGAGAAAAAAUUCAUUCCAGCUCACUGCCCUUGUCUGACGUGUCUUAGCAACACCUGAGGUUUUAAGAGUAUAAUGAUGUCUCAACUCAUUACAGUUUUUCACUUUAAUAAUAUGGACAUGAUUCAUCUUUUGUGCAGGCCCAUAGUAAAAGCAUCUGAGUAGGAAAGCUGUUUUCUUUCCUGUAAAAGGCUGACAGCUAGCAUCCAGUUAUAUAGGGUAAAGGGAGAAAGAAAGCUGUUGCACGCAUGAAAUCAGACACAGUAAACAUGACAGGAAUGAAGUCUGAGGAGCAUGCAAAACGGUCAUUUGAACUGAUAGUUGCUGUAAAGUGAAUUAGAAAUAGGCCCUUGUGUAACUCACAUGUUGCACACAUAGUGAGACAUUCCUACAUGAAUGCAGGAUUCCAUAAAUGGUAUUUAAUCACCACUCUGCAGAUUUUCCAGCCAGUAAGGAAAACUGCUCUUCUUCAUAGAUCUAAGUUUUAUUAUCAGUUUCCUUUCAUCUUGUGCUUUUUUUGUCCGUAUUAUGUAAAAGUUAUUUCUCAUAACAAAAGCUGUCUUCCUGUUCCUCCAAGUGUCAAAGUGAACAGUUGAACAGUGUACUGUUUUGGGAAGACUGACUCCAGAACCGCCAGUGCGACAGAGGAUUUGGACCUGUGUCCUCGCCCUGUUUUGGGGCAGCCUCUGGGGCAGGAGAGGGCAGAGGCGUCACAGCUACCGAGGGCGGGGUCAAAGGAAUCUAGCAACCCUGGCCUCAGAAAGUCAGGCCUGGCUGCAUCAUUUACAGGGAGAUUUUUCUAAAGGGAAGAAUCUCAUAUCAGAGUAGCAGAGAGAUUUGCUGUUAUUUUUUUUAUUAUUUUUAAUUGAAUUACAAAAUGUCUGCUCCCUCAGUUUAGGGUGGACAGUGCAUCCAGUGAGCUAGGCUGCUCCUUGUGUGCCGUGGUAAUAAGCCUCCUCAGCCCGUGUGUUUGUUUCUUUGAGUCAGUAUUCAACGUGUUAAAGGGGCCAAAGAUUGACUUUGCACUAUUUCCUUUCAGUUAUAGGCUGCUGAUUUUUUUUUUAAGUGAGCAAGUUUCUCUCUCCCCCUCUCUCUCCUUUUCAUAUACAACUUUGGAAAUGUACUUGAUUUCAGAGACUGCACUGUUCCCGCAGGGUGGAAAGCCAGCACAGAGCAGGUAUAUAAGGCUACCACUACACCUUGAGCAAGGCUGCCUGCGUGCACUGUCCUGUCAGUCCGUGCAUUGAUAAAUAUGUUACCCCUUCCUCCCAUAAGGUUUUUCCUCUCUUAAAAUAGCUAGGCAAGACCUUCCCUAGAAUUGUGUAUCAUACUCAUGAGUAGUAUCUUUAUCACUUAUUAUUUAUCAAAGUAUGAAGAAAUUGAGGGUUUUACUUAUACCAUUCCAUUUCUGAGCUACAAUAGUCAUUAUGUAAUUGAAGAAAAAACUUCUUCAUAAAUAACAUUAAAGGUGAAUGUUCACCCAGUUGAAUACAGGAAAAUCUUUCAAGAAUUGUAAUUACAGGGGAGAAAACUGAUGUUUACUUUGAUCUUUAAAAAUCUGGCACCUCUUAACCUUUCAGUAACUUCUACAUUGUUCUAAAAUUUGUAAUAGAUUAGAGUUACAAAGUAGUCUUGACUUUUAAACCAAAGACAUUAUAAGACCUUAAAUUUUGUAGUUUAAUUUCAGCUUCUCUGGUUAUCUAGUCAAAGAACAUUCUUCGAGUUUUUAAAUUGCUGUUUUCUAAAACCUUUUAACUUCUCAUUUUAGAAAAAUUUAUAUUCAUACUUGUCCAAAGUUCUAAUUUUUCUAGUAUGUCCACAUGAAAUUAUAUGUAUUUUUUAAAUGUUAAUUACUAAUGUUGAUACUAUUAAAAUGAAUUUUGGUGCUAUAUACUUGUAGCUAGUAUAUAGAAGUCUAAAGUACCAGAGAAAUACAUUUUCUAAGGGUGCCUGUCAUUUAAAAGACCAAAUAAACAUUUUCUGUUUUAAAAAAUUAGCACAUUGUUAUAGAUUUCAAGGAGGAUUAUUUUGAUUGUUAAAUUGCAAAUUCUUGUUAUUUGAAUGAAGUAACCCACAUAUUUGCUUUAUGCAAUAGGUGCACUCUGGAAAAGUUACAUGUAAAUAGAACUUUGUAAAUUGUUUUUCCAUUGAUAGUAUCUCAUGUGUUUUCAUUUAAAAUGGAAUUCCAUGACAUUUAAAAAAAUUAUAAAAGAAAAAAUGUUUUGAUAAAAUGUUAGUCAUGUUCUAUUAUAACAUUAUGUUUAACCAUUGCUGCCAUUAAAAUAAGCUGAAAAGAUUCAUGGGGUUUCAUAAAAUCUUUUAUUUUUGGCUCUGUGUUCCCAGGGCUGCCUCACUCACUCCUGAUAAAAUCAGGAACCACCAUUGCCUCCCAGCAGAUCCGAAGAGCAUGCUUUCUCUGGAGUCCAUAGCAGCUAACAUUCUCUGCAAGUUCAUAUACUGCCCAACUUUGCUCCUUCUUACAGUGCCACUUCACUUCUUUAAACAAAUUUUUUCCAGUUUUAUUGAGAUGUUGUUGACAUAUACCACUGUUAGUUUAAGUUAUAGAACACAGUGACUGAGUAUAUGAAUAUAGAGACAUGGUCACCACAGUAAGUUUAGCUAACAGCCAUUACUUCACAUAGUUUAAAAAACAUUUUUCCUUGUGAUAAGAAUUUUUAAGCUGUACUCUCUCAGCAACUUUCAAGCAUACAGCGCAGCAUUGUUAACUGCAGUCAGCACGCUGUCCAUUUACAGCCCCAGGCCUGCCUUAUCUCAUAUCUGGAAGUUUCUAUCUAUCCACCCCCUUCACCUGUUUCCUCCAUCCCCACCUCGGCCUCUGCCAGCCACCAGUCUGUCCUCUGUUUCUGCGAGUUCAGUCUUCGUAGGUUCCACACAUAAGUGAGAUCACACGUUAUUGGUCUUUCUCUGUCUGACUUGUUUUACUCAAUGUCCUCGAGGCCACUUCACUUCCACAAGAACUGGACACACAGGUGCGGCAGAGCAGCUCCUGCUGCUGCCCUCAGACAAGGCUCUUUUCAGAUCUGUCCGCUGAGAAGGGGUAGAGAGUGGCAUGUAUACGCACGCUCACACACACACACAUCACAUACAAAUGUCUGCAAUUUCCAUUAAAUGCCCACUUUCUAAUUUUUAGUUUUUUGGAUGAAUUAUAUUUGGUUUUAGUUAUGUUUAAAAGCUUGAAAAUCACCUUGUUUCAAUGCAUCAUUCUUUGUCACAUCAAAUAGGUAUUUAAGUACAUUUUUAGUGCUAAAAUAUGCUCUAGAUGCUUUAUUUUUUCAAUUUUAUAAAUAUAAAAGUUAAAUUUUAUAAUACUGAUGUCUAAAUAUUACAGAGUACUAUCAGCCUGGUUCAUAAUAGUGCAGUGAAGUUCCUUUCGAAGAUAUGUACUAUAGGCAUUGAAAACUUACCACUUCAUACUGGAAUGAAUUUCAAUAAAUUUUAUCAAAUAUCCUGUA